UGUCGUACUAGGCAUACUUUUUUCGUCUGCUUGAGGCCCAAAACUGUCGAGCCUACACUGAUAACGAUAUACAUUUACAAUUAGAGUUCAGAUGGUUAAUUAUCGAUGUUUUUCUGCAAUUGUUAUGGGUCAGAAACAGGAAAAUACGAUGUUCUGAGUACGAUAAUCUGGUAACGCUGGAACUUGUCACUUGUGUUUUUGUUGCGAAGGAAGAAUUAAGGAGAAGAAGGAAGGAUACAAGAACGAACACUGAAGAAGAAGAAGAAAAGAUACAACCAGCCCCCUAAAAACACUGAAGAAAAAGGAGAAUACAGAGGAAGCAAGGAUAUUAGGCAGAAAGGACAUACAAGGCAGAAAGGAUACAAGGACGAACACUGAGGAAGAAGAAAUAAUACAAGUCCCCAUAAAACACUGAAUAAGAAGAAGGAUACGAGGACGAAAGGAUACAAGGCAGAAAGGAUACAAGGACGAAAGGAUACAAGAACGAACACUGAAGAAGAGGAAAGGAUACAACCAGCCCCCCAAAAACACUGAAGGAAACAAGGAAUAAACACCCCAAGGAACAAAAUAUAUGAACUGUUUUAUUUGGCUUUGAAACCAAGGUAGAGGGCGAGAGGCAGACACACACCGGAUCAUAAUAUUAUACCACCAUUUACCUUGUGCUUAUUAGGCCCCUCUGCCCACCAUGAAGACCGGGGGCGACUUCCGUGAUCACCUGGUGGACCUCACUGAUGGAUGUAACAGGCCAGGAGAUGCACCCACGGACAAGCAGCCUCAGAGAAGGAGCACACCAGGACGCAUGAAGCUGGAGAAGUGGCUGCACUCCUCCAUGAAGAUAGAGAUGACGGACGGCAGGACUCUCGUUGGCUCCUUUGUUUGCACUGACAGAGACAAUAAUAUCAUCCUUGGGUCCUGCACCGAGCAUCUCAGACCUGAUGAGGAUGGAAGAGAAGAGGAACCUCGUGUUCUUGGCCUGGCAAUGAUUCCUGGACGUCACAUAAUAUCAAUCUGUAUCGACGAAGCUUCUCAACCACCUGCUGCUCCACCAAGUUUAUACUCAUGAUCUUAUCCACGACACCUCAGGUCAUACUUUGUCUAGAUAUUAGAAUGAUUUGUUUAUUUUCUUUGCAUUAGCUAAGUUCUUGGUCUGCAUUCUAUGACAACUCAUCACUAUCUUUAUGAUGGGUCUUUAAAAUAAGCACAUACCGUAAUUAC